AACAAAAAUCCCAAAAAUACUUGUACACACACACACACACACACACAAAUUACCAGCGAGAUCAUGGCUAAAGCAUUUUUUCGGAGCGAGAAAAUGGAAUUGUGCCAACUAUUGCUGCACAUGGAGAAUGCCUUCAAUGUUAUGGUAGAGGUUGGUCAUCACGGUGGCAUACAAUUCAACAAUGUCUACGAUGAGGAUCGCGUAAUGAAUGGUAUCUAUACCAAAAAAGUAAUGCUAUGCCAGGAACUCAUGCGGAUUGUUGAUUAUCUUCAGGAUCAAUUAAAGCUGAUGGAAAUCGAUCGAGUUUUCUAUCCCGAGGUCGACAGAGACAAUCGUCCGUGUGAGAAGGAUAUUAAGGACUAUGACGAACGUUUACGUCGCAUGAAUAUUGAGGUAGCAGCGGUUAUGGAAAAUUUUCAGUCUCUCAUUCGCCGUCGGGCUAGUAUAACUGAGCAGAAAUUUGCCAUAGAAAAGGCUGAUAAAUUCUUUAGCUCUGAGCGUGGACAAAUUGCCGCUCCUUUGUAUUCGGAGAGUGUCAUAAUGAAUUUGUUAAAGGACACUGCUGAGGCAGAACCAUCUAGCGAACAUUUGAAUUAUAUCAUUGGAUGCAUACGAGCCGAUCAGUUUCACAAUUUCGAAUUACUACUCUAUCGUUUUUUUGGCUUCAAUUUGAUGGUGCGUUAUUCCGAAUUGCCCAAACCCAUGAAGGAAUAUCAUGGGUCUAAGGCACAGGAAGUACGAAAAUUUGCUCUACUCAUGAUUACCACAUCGAUCCAGAUACGCACCAAGUUGAUUAAGGUAUGCCAAGCGUAUCAUGUUACCAUCUACGAGUGUCCUGAGACCCCUCGCCAGAGGCAGCUAUUGAUUAUGGACUUGAACCAAGAGGUUAGGGACUUGGAUUUAAUAUUGCGAAAGAGUUUCGAGAUGCGUAAGAAUAUCUUAGAUUUGACUGCUGUCGAUUUGUAUGUUAUGCGCAUUAAUUUGCGUAAAUCUCGCAAAAUCUAUGAUCUCUUGAAUCGACUUAGGCUUGUGGGGGGAACGGAAAAUCGAAAUUAUUUGCAGUGCGAGUGCUUUGUGCCAGAAUCAGAGAUAGAUGGCAUUCGUACGGCCUUAAAGCGUGGCUCACGUCUGAGUGGCGGAGCAGAUGGAGACGCGCCAUCGAAACGUGACAACGAAUUUGCUCCCAAUCCACCCAUACUCGUGAAGAGGACACGCAAAUUUAAACAUAUGCCGCCCACAUAUUUUCGUUUGAAUAAGUUUACCAAAGGAUUUCAGAAUCUAAUCGAUGCGUAUGGAAUGGGCGAUUAUAGAGAAUUGAAUCCGGCUCCAUAUACAAUUAUAACAUUUCCCUUUCUCUUUGGUGUAAUGUUUGGUGACAUUGGUCAUGGCAUUCUAAUGUCUUUAUUUGCCACGGCACUGAUCUGGAAGGAGAAGAGCAUUGAGCGAAAACGUCGCACCGAUCCUUCAGAGGAUGAGAUCAUGAAUAUUCUAUUCGCUGGUCGUUACAUUAUAUUGUUAAUGGGUCUAUUUUCUAUCUAUAUAGGUUUCAUCUAUAAUGAUGUUCUAUCCAAGUCAGUGAAUAUAUUCGGCUCUAGUUGGAGUUGCCGCUAUAAUGCCACAACCUUGAAUGAUAUGCGUAAUGAGUUGAUGAUGAAUCCAAGCGAUAACAAAUUCUUUACUGGUGAUCCAUAUAUACUUGGCAUGGAUCCUAUAUGGCAUAUUUGUGGCGAAGAUUCGAUUACCACAUUUAAUUCACUUAAAAUGAAAAUGGCUAUUAUAUUGGGCAUUGGCCAGAUGAUGUUCGGUCUAAGUUUAGCGGCUGUAAAUUGUAUUCUCCUGAAACGUAAACCGGAUCUGUUCCUUGUUGUUAUACCACAAUUUGUCUUCAUGACCUGUAUAUUUUGCUAUUUGGUUUUUCUCAUUUUCCUCAAGUGGCUAGUAUAUGGUGGACUAAAACAGCAUCCCCAUACCGCAGGAUGUGCUCCAUCAGUGCUGAUUACCUUCAUUGACAUGAUGCUUUUAAAGACUUCUGAGCCCUUGGAUGAGAGCUGUGACAAUGGAAUGUUUCCGGGUGAACGAAUUGUGGAAUAUGUAUUAGUGGCAGUUGCCUUUCUGGCGGUUCCCGUCCUUUUGGCCGGUAAGCCCAUCUAUCUGACACGUCGCCAGAAGCAGCUUCACAAGGAGCGAGAUAUUAAGGAUUUACAGCAAAAGGGACGUGAUACCAUAUUGGAUAUGCGUUCAUCAUUGCGCUAUUCUAUAGACUAUCAGGACGAUUUAACUAACAGUUCAACUAACAAAAAUCCAAAACCAGAAACAGUUGACGAUGCCGUUGAAUUUGAUAUGUCGGAAAUUUGGAUCCACUCGGGCAUUCAUACAAUUGAGAGUGUUUUGGGCUCGGUAUCGCAUACAGCAUCCUAUCUACGUCUUUGGGCGCUAUCCCUGGCUCACGAUCAACUCUCUGAUGUCCUGUGGCAUAUGAUACUACACAAGGGUCUACAUAACAAGUUACCCAUUUAUUUGGGUGCACCAGUUCUGGCAUUUGUAUUCUUCUUUUGGGCCAUACUCACAAUAGCCAUUCUAGUGAUGAUGGAGGGUUUGUCAGCAUUUCUGCAUACAUUGCGUUUACAUUGGGUGGAAUUCCAAUCGAAGUUCUUUAAUGGAGCCGGUGAACCGUUUGUACCAUUUCAUUUUCAACCCUCAACCAUACGUGAUUAGAAUUUUUCUAAUAAAAUAUUUGUAAGUUCA